AUGUCCUUGGGAGGAGCCCAACGAACUUCCAAGAAGGUGAAGGCAGAGCACUACAUAGGAGUAAGAAAGAAGUACUAUGGAGGUUUUGGAGCGGAGAUUGAAGACAGUGUCAUUAAACGUCGUGUGUGGCUGGGCACCUAUAACACCCCUGUGGAAGCAGCCCUUGCAUAUGAUGAGGCAUCCAGACUUCUGAGAGGUCCAAACGCCAAAACCAAUUUCCCAAUUCCUCAUUUCAAACCCACCCGUAACCAAUUUCUCUCAUCUAGAGCUUUGGAAGUCCUCAAGGCCAACACUUAUUCCCCACUUCCCAACCCUAAUGAUGCUCAAGAGGAAAACACCACCACCCAUCUUCCACCUAGAGCUUUAGAAGACCCCAAAGCCAAAACCAAUCUGAUAUCUGCCCACCAUGAAAAAGCCAUUGCCACCAAGCCCUGGACCCAUGCUUAUCUCACUAGAUACCACAAUGCGGACAAGGCUAGCUCCGAUCUGACUUCUUGUGAUGCUCAAGUGUUGAACAUUCAUGAUAAUCUAGAUUUUGAUGGUGUGAUAGAGAAGGAGUAUUCUUCUACAACAUCUGGGCAUGAUGGGAGGUGGUUAGACUUGAACCUUCCUCCACCGGAUGAAGAUGAUGAAGACCAUUCUUGCCAUCCAUAA